GCAUUUUAUUAACGUCAUUGCGAGCGUCAAAUUCGAGGCUGCCUACUGUAAAUGAAGUGCACUAAGACUAGGGAGUGAGCACGCAUUUGGGAUUCAGAUUGUGUUGUUUAAAACGCAGGGACGUUAGAGUGAAUUUAAAAAAACAUAUAUAUAAAAAAAGAUGCGAGGGAAAUAAGAAAAAGUAAGCAGUGUGUUUAUAUAUUUUAAUUACACUUUAGCCAUGAAGUCAGAUGUGGAGGAGUUAAUGCCCAGACUUUUACCCGUGGAUCAAUCCGAUGGAGAAGAAGAAGAAUUUAAUCUGAACGAACCUCCAAGAAAUCCGAAGGAGUAUCUCAGACAGGUUCAACGGGAAGCAUCGCUCUGCCCGGAUGUCGUGGUGGCUCAGAUCGAUCCGAGGAAACUGAAGAAAAACCAAACUGUAAAUGUGUCUGUGUCAGAGUGUCGUGCCGCGCCGCAGGGUUUCUCUCCCAGCCUGCAGUGGCAAAAGCAGCAAGUCAGCAACUUCUCUCAAAUCCGACAGAGCGUCUCCAAACACCGGCAGCACUGGAAAGCCCAGUUUCUGGACGACAACGUUGUCAUGCCCAAAGCAGAUGAUGACGAAGGAUGGAAGAGGUUUUGUUUGGGUGUAAAUGUAUAUCUGAAUGUUACACAGAGUGACGGAGACACACAGAGUCCGGGACUCGAUUAUGUCAAGCUCGGCUUCCCUCCGUUCCUCAGCAUCGUCAGCAAGCUCUCUCAGUCCACCGUAUCGUCCGUGCUCGAGUACCUGAUCAGCUGGUUCGAGGAGAACGACUUCGUCCCACAGCUGGGCAGAUGGCUUUACGCUUUACUGGCGUGUCUUGAGAAACCUCUUCUCCCUGAAGCACAUUCGCUCAUCAGACAGCUGGCGAGGAGAUGCUCUGCAGUGCGCGCUCACCUGGAGAAUAAAGAUGACGAGCGUUUAUCAGCACUGAACCUGAUGAUCUGUAUAGUAGCGAGGUAUUUUGAACAAAAUGAUUUGGCUGACAAAGAGUGAAGAAGGAGCUGGAGAUGAUGCCGAGCUUCUGGACGCGACUUUUCCGUUCUGUGUGCUUUUGUGUUUGUCUGUAUGAAAGGUGGAAAAAAAAAGAAGAUUUAAGAAAUUUAGAAUAUUUUCUGAAUAUCUUCAGUGUCACUUUUUUUCAGUAUUCUGGAUCUCAUUUAAAAUGAUGACUUUGAUAAAUUGAUAUAAAAUAUAAAUAAAAAUGUAAAAAAAAUUUGAGUUGUA